GAGGGUGGAGUUUGUAUGGAGGGUUUAGCGCCACACCACUGGUUGCGGCUGUGGGGUGUUUGUGGCUCCAGGUGUUCUUUCGCGGUCGGAUAUGAAGAAUCAACAGUUCCCCAGCAGCACUUCCUCAAAGGCCCAUGGUGGUGGUGCCUGUUCCCAGUCCCAAGGUGGCACUUUCUCUCCAUGGCACGAUCUCUCCUCACAGUCUCCAGGCACAUCCAGUUCCUCCACCAGCACAGUGCCAUCUUCCAGCCAGUCCUCACAUUCCAGCUCUGGGACGCUGAGCUCUUUAGAGACAGUGUCCACUCAGGAACUCUGUUCUAUUCCUGAGGACCAAGAACCUGAGGAUCCUGGUCCUGUCCCGUGGGCUCGGUUAUGGUCUCUUCAGGAUGGCUUCUCCAAUCUAGACUGUGUUAGCGACAACUACUGGUUUGGGAGGGAUAAAAGCUGUGAGUAUUGCUUUGAUGGACCACUGCUGAGAAAGACUGAGAAGUAUCGGACGUACAGCAAGAAGCACUUCCGCAUCUUCAGGGAAAUGGGCCCUAAAAAUUCUUACAUUGUGUAUAUAGAAGAUCACAGCGGGAAUGGAACCUUUGUAAACACUGAGCUCAUAGGGAAAGGGAAACGCCGUCCUUUGAGUAACAACUCUGAAAUCGCACUUUCUUUGUGUAGAAAUAAAGUUUUUGUAUUUUUUGAUCUGACUGUAGACGAUCAGUCAGUUUAUCCUAAGGAAUUAAGAGAUGAAUACAUCAUGUCAAAAACUCUUGGAAGUGGUGCUUGUGGGGAGGUAAAAAUGGCUUUUGAGCGGAGAACAUGCAGGAAAGUAGCCAUAAAGAUCAUCAGCAAACGGAAGUUUGCUCUCGGCUCGUCAAGAGAAGCAGACAUGGCUCCCAGUGUUGAAACUGAAAUAGAAAUUUUGAAAAAACUAAAUCACCCGUGCAUCAUCCAGAUUAAAGAUGUUUUUGAUGCAGAAGAUUAUUACAUUGUUCUGGAGUUGAUGGAAGGUGGAGAGCUCUUUGACCGGGUGGUGAGCAAACGCCUGAAGGAAGCAACCUGCAAGCUCUAUUUCUACCAGAUGCUUUUGGCUGUACAGUACCUUCACGAAAAUGGGAUUAUACAUCGGGACCUAAAGCCAGAGAAUGUUCUUUUGUCUUCUCAAGAAGAGGACUGCCUUAUCAAGAUCACUGAUUUUGGACAGUCCAAGAUUUUGGGGGAGACAUCACUGAUGAGAACUUUAUGUGGUACGCCCACUUACCUGGCUCCUGAGGUCCUUGUUUCCAAUGGGACUGCUGGGUACAGCCGUGCGGUAGACUGCUGGAGCUUAGGAGUUAUUCUUUUCAUCUGCCUUAGUGGGUAUCCGCCUUUCUCUGAGCAUAAGACUCAAGUGUCACUGAAGGAUCAAAUCACCAGUGGAAAAUACAACUUUAUUCCUGAAGUCUGGACAGAUGUUUCAGAGAAGGCUCUGGACCUUGUCAAGAAACUGUUGGUUGUGGAUCCAAAAUCUAGGUUUACCACUGAGGAAGCCUUGAAUCAUCCAUGGCUACAGGAUGAGUGCAUGAAGAGAAAAUUUCAGGAUCUACUGGUUCAGGAGAAGAAUGUGAUGGCCCUCCCCCUGACUCCCGCCCAGGUAUUUUGA